UUUAACAAGGGUAUGCUUUGGUGCGAGUUAUGUACAUAUAAAUGAAGCUCCUAUAUCACAAAAAAACAUGUGUUGGUGCUUGGUUGGAAGCUUAAGAUGCCUAAGAAGAAGUUAGAAGUUCUCAUGGGGAAAGUGAGAGGUUUGAGCCUUGGUGGUUGCUUCGGUAGCUGCUAUGACCACACUCACGCCUAUGGAUUAGGGACAAGGAUCUGGAACAUGAGUGAUCGACCAGUGGAGCUGCAGAUAAGAGUGGGAUCAAUAUUGAAGAAGGUUCACACAUUGAAGCCAGGGUCUUGUAAGAGACUGAAAAGUAAAGGCAUAUACAAGGCAUAUAUGCCUGGUAAGAGGGACAAUGAUGGUGGGGGAUUGAAGAGUUUGCUUUAUUACUAUGAUGAAACUUGCCACCCUUAUGUUUGGAUUCAUGACAUAGGGGGUGGUUCCUUAAGGAUGGUUAAACAGCAGUAUAUUAGCCUUGAGGAUUUGAGGGAUUCUUCUGAGAUCAAGAUCUUGAGGGAUCACCAGAGAGGAUGCAUUUCGGUUCUCAAGAGAACAAGGCCUGAUUUCUGCUGAAUUUGAAUGUGAUUCUUGCUUAAUUAUUUCAGUAGUUUAAUUUGUCAUGUGUAGGAAAUAACAUGUUUAGUUCUUGCUUUCCUUUGUUGGGUGUUAUUAGUUGCAAAAUGCGAUGGUACUAUGAUCAUGUUUAUUUAGCUAGUGUACUUCUGUACUCGCUUCCAUGAAGAUAUAUCAAGAGUCACUCAUGAGGUUUUACUAGUUUAAGAUUUUGAAAGCGUUGUUAUUUAUGACAAUUGAUGUUGUUUUUGUUAUAACACAUGGUCAAUUGGGAGCCAAUGUUAUUGGUAAUCGGAUAGAAUGACGGACCAUACAAUUCAAAUCU